GCGAGCGCAGGAAAUGCAUAUAACAACGUCAAUUCUCUCAUGAUAUUCAGAAAAUCAUCAUCAGUUCGACUGAAGACAGUCCAAACACCACUUUGAAACCCAAAGCUGUCCCUCAGCCGGAAUCAACAUGGCCAGCGCCGUUCGCAACCGAUUCCAGAAGAUCAAGGCGGGAGCAAAGGAGAAGACCAAGCCUUCAGGAUGGAUUCUUCCACAGGAGAAGGGGGCCCUUGGAGAUGAGGGAACUUGGACCAACAUCGAUAUGGAUGUUACGCCUUAUGAGCGCCGUACCUGGACUGCCUUGACCAUGGCCGGUUUCUGGUUCUCCGAUGCUUUGAACGCUCAGAGUUGGGAGGCCCCAGCCACCAUCCUCGCUGUAGGCUUGACCUAUCGUGAGGCUAUUGUCUGUAUCAUCUUCGGAUCCCUCUGCUGCACUGUCCCCCUCGUCCUCAAUGGUAUCUUGGGUGCUCGCCUUCACGUGCCCUUCCCUGUUGCCAUGCGUGCUUCCUUCGGAUGGUACUUUGCCCGCUUCGCCGUCAUCGUCCGUAUGACAACUGCACUCUUCUGGCACGCCAUUCAGACUUAUACUGGUUCCACCGCCAUGACUCAGAUGAUUCGUGCUAUUUGGCCUUCAUUCUUAGACAUCCCGAACCAUAUCCCCGAAUCGGUUGGCAUCACGACUCAGCAGAUGGUCAGCCACUUGAUCUUCUGGUCUAUCCAGUUCCCAAUUCUUCUGACCCCACCACACAAACUCCAAUGGUUCUUCAUCUUCAAGUUUGUUGUUGUUUCCAUCACUUGCGUCGGGGUGGUUAUUGCCAUGUGCAAGAAAGCCGGCGGAUCUGGUGACAUCUGGAAACAAGAGUACAAGGUCGAUGGCGCCAUGCGCUCCUGGCUCAUCCUCUCUAGCAUGUCUUCCAUCACUGGCGGCUGGGCAACAAUGGCAACGAACAUCCCCGAUUUCACUCGUUACCUCAAGCGCGAGCAAGGUGUCUACUGGCAAGUCCUGUUCCUGCCACUCAUCCAACUUUGCCUCGGUCUCUUCGGCAUCAUCUCUACCUCUGCUGCUAAGGUUGUUUACGGCGAGUACAUUUGGGACCCUCUCACUCUCGCCGCACAAUGGAACGGGCCUUCCGGCCGUGCAGGGGCUUUCUUCGUCGGCUUCGCCUGGGUCAUUGCCCAAAUCGGAACCAACUUGUCAGCAAACGUCAUCUCCUGCGCCAACGACAUGACCUCCCUCUUCCCAAAAUACAUCAAUAUCCGCCGUGGUGUGAUCAUCGCAACCAUCACCGCAGCCUGGAUUAUGGUCCCUUGGAAAAUCAUCCACUCUGCUGCCUCCCUCCUCUCCUUCAUGGCCGGUCUCGGCACCUUCCUCGCUCCCAUCGCGGCAAUCAUGGGCGCCGACUACUGGAUCGUGAAGAAGACACACGUCGACGUCCCCGCCCUCUACAAGGCUCGCGCCCGCUAUAGGUACAACGAAGCCGGCACCAACUGGCGGGCCGUCGUCGCCUUCCUAAUCUCCGUUGUCCCCAACUUGCCUGGUAUGGCUGCUUCAGUCAACCCAAAACUGCAAAGCGGUAUUGGAGGCUCAAGGUAUAUCUACGAUAUGUUCUAUAUCUGGGGCUUCACUUCCGCCUUUGUGUCGUACUCUGUGCUUUCUCACUUCUUCCCUGAACCCAAUACGCUUAUCGAGGAGACGAUCCCUGGCGAGGCGGCGUUCGAGGAAACCAGUGCGACGGAGGAGAAGGCUGAUGGGAGUGAUGGUGGUGAUGAGAAGGUUGUCGUCAAGUCGACUGACUAUGAGGUUUAAUCCGUUGACGGAUUUUGACGCUGGCAUUACUGUCUUUCCGGAAGUUGGAUAGCGAGAGUGUCAGGUGUUUGAUUUCCUUGGUUUGGUAAUGAUUGAGUUGAAUGUUGAAUGUCCGAUAGUCUGUCAUUGAAGAAGUGUAGAGCUCA